AUGGUCCGCUCAAGCUUCGCUGUCUGUCUUCGCGCCUAUCCUUCCUCACCAACGUGGUCAAGGUCAAUCACCCCGGUCCUGCCCCAAGGACAACAUGUACGCUCCUCACAACAUCAUCAUAUAUAUGCGCAACAACAAAGAUGGAGCUCUCAUUCUCCCCUGGGCGCCUCCACAUCCGCCGCUUCGUCCCGCAAGAAGGUGACCACGGGCACAAUUCGCUCGCUCUACAAGAAAGGCGAGCCAAUCACCGUCAUGACGGCGCACGACUUCCCCAGUGCGCACGUUGCUGAUGCUGCAGGCAUGGACAUGAUCUUGGUCGGAGACAGCCUGGCCAUGGUUGCCUUGGGUAUGGAGGAUACGAGCGAGGUCAUGGUCGAUGAGAUGUUGCUACACUGCAAGUCGGUAGCACGGGCGACCAAGGCUGCUUUCACCGUUGGUGAUCUACCAAUGGGCUCUUAUGAGAUUUCGCCAGAGCAGGCCCUGGCGACUGCCAUUCGCUUCGUCAAGGAAGGUCGUGUACAGGGCAUCAAGCUCGAGGGAGGCAAGGAGAUGGCCCCGACGAUCAAGAAGAUCACGCAGGCCGGAAUUCCUGUUCUUGCGCACAUAGGGCUCACCCCGCAGCGGCAGAAUGCGCUCGGUGGCUUCCGUGUGCAAGGAAAGACGUCGAGCGGCGCAAUGAAGGUUCUCGAGGAUGCCCUCGCCGUGCAAGAGGCUGGCUGCUUCGCCAUGGUCGUUGAGGCUGUGCCAGCAGAGAUAGCGACCGUCAUCACCAACAAGCUGUCGGUGCCCACUAUUGGCAUUGGUGCCGGCAACGGGUGCUCCGGACAGGUUCUUGUGCAGGUCGACAUGCUGGGCAACUUUCCGCCUGGAAGGUUCCUGCCGAAGUUCGUCAAGAAGUAUGGAGACGUCUGGGGCGAAAGUCUGCGUGCCAUCGAGGCAUACCGGGACGAGGUCAAGGAUCGAUCGUACCCGGCGUCCGAGCAUACUUACCCCAUUGCGAAAGAGGAGGUUGAAGCAUUUGCCAAGGCACUAGAGUCGUGGGAGUCCAGGGGACAAGCAGCGUUGUCCCUGGGUAGAGAGGACAGUUGUGAACAAACUGGCAUGAUCAACCGAAAGCAGGCUGCUUUGCGGAGGUGCACUACGACGGCCUCGAACUUCUGGUUGGCGCUGAUCUUGCGGACACUGUUGCGAGCGAGCUGCGGGGCACCGCCGACUGGCUUGAAGCGCACGACGACUUUGUCUUGGUCAAAACCACCGGCCGUGGCGAGUGCGGCGCUGGCGUCUUGA